GCCAAGAUGGCGGACGGGGCGGGUAGCAACGGGGACGCCGCGGCGCUGCCGGUGGGCAGGGAGGCAGUGGAGCGGCUGAUCCGGGAGAACGGGCACAUCUUCACCGAGGCGCAGUGCAAGGUGUGCAGCGCGCUGCUCAUCUCCGAGUCGCAGCGCCUGGCGCAUUACCAGAGCAAGAAGCACGCCAACAAGGUGCGGAGGUACCUCUCCAUCCACGGCGAGGAGGAGCUGGCGGCCGGGAAGAAGAUGAAGCUGGACGCCAAGGAGAGCAAGCAGGAAGGCACCAAUGGGGAGGACAGGAACAAAUGUUGUCCCAUCUGUAACAUGACCUUUUCUUCUCCUGCUGUGGCCACGUCUCACUACCUGGGGAAGACUCAUGCCAAGAAUGUGAAGCAGCAGUCCCCUAAAGUGGAAGACGUGGUGCCUCCACAGAAACAUCCUGCUACCCUCCCUACCUCUACUGUAUCUUCUAAUGAAGAGAACAAGGACAUUGCAGACCCAGACAAGUUCUGUAGCCUCUGCCAUGCCACUUUCAACAACCCCCUUAUGGCAAAACAACACUAUGUAGGCAAGAAGCACAGAAAGCAAGAAACCAAACACAAGCUGAUGGCACGCUAUGGCCGAACUCCUGAUGCACCAGCAUCGUCCUUCCUGGGAGGUGCACAGAUCAGGAGAAGCGGGAAUUUUGGAGAAAAGUGGAGUUACAGAGGCAGUAGAACAUCAGCUGGGAAGGGCUAUCCCUGCAACACGUGUAACAUAGUACUGAACUCCAUAGAGCAGUACCAAGCUCACAUCAGUGGCUUCAAACACAAGAAUCAGAUGCCAGGAGCAGUGCCAGUUGUAGGACCAUUCCCACCACAGCAGUAUGUCCGGGAAGAAACAACUGCUCCAGGAGGCUACAGUUACUUCAGCCAAGACUUCUAGAGCAAGUUGCAGCACUGUUCUUGGAGUUGUUGACGGCCCAAGAACACGCAUCCUUUGCCAGCCCACAAUGGUUUCAUUAUCCCUCUGGAUAAGCAAAGCCCUACCCUCCUGUAUGCACCCGUUGAGCAGAACAGGGACUGAAUCUGUCCGAAAAAGGAUCCAGCUGGAAGAGACUUGGUAGACAGCAAAUACUUCACUCCCUUAGAGUAGUUUUCAUUGUGUAAUUGCUUCCUGUAAAGGUGGGUGCGGUGUGAGAGGAAGUGUGUAUCUGGUACAAGGAGAGUCUGGCAACAGGCUGGUAACAUCUACCUCCUCCCUUACCAGAGCAAAUAGUGGAUUCCUGCACCUGGAGGCCAGCAGCCCACGCUUAGAGGUGUGAAUGGGACACCUUGUGGGUUGUUUGGCUUUUUGCAGACCUAACAUAGGAAAUGGCAGUGUGGCAUCUCUUGUCGUGACUCCUCUGGGCAGGUUUGUUUGCAGAACUCCUUGAGGCACUGAUUGCCAUCAGAGCCUCUCGCAGUACUGCAGUUCAGGAGUUGUGUUGUUUGGUGUCUGACAGAUAGUCAUGAUUUGUGGUGUGCAGUGCUGCUGGUGGGAGCGGAGGGCUGAUAGAGGAGUUGGAGCUCUUGUUUCUCCAGGCAGCUCAGCCCUCUGCUCUGAGGAUUUCCACGUGGAAGGAAGAAACAGUUUAGCCUGGUUUCCUAUGGAAACAGGUGUAUGUGAUCAUUCACUGUGUGUGUCUUUACCCCUCAUAACUUAAAGUAAUCUCAAACUUGGCAGUGGUGGAAAUCUCCAAGACCCAAAUGCAAUCAGCAGAGGAAGGUGAGCAGGAAGAGUCCAUCUCGGGUUCUGUGAGGGUCUGUGCAUAAGUGCAGUGUUUUCCCUACUGCCAGCAAAAUAUUGAUAGGGAAGGAGGAAAAAAAAAACAAAAAGAGGAGGUAAAUAUAGAAAUAACAGAAUACUGUAGUAUGGCUUGGUUGAAUUGUUUGCUGGCUGAAAACCUACAAGCUCUUUGGAAACCUGACUUAGCUCUUCAUUAGACACUGCUUGCCCAACCCCUCUCCUCAAAGUCCUUACGCAUUUGUACCAUCGUGGAGAUGUUCUGCCUUUCGAACGUGGAAAUUAACGAUGGUCUCUUCGUGUUGCUAAUGUACUGGAUCUGUUAGAAGAGCCCCGAGAAGGAAGGGGGGCCAUCUGAGGCUGUUGUGCAUUUGGGAUGAGUUGUGCAGAUGUUCUGCCCUUGAGCUAGGGCUGUGCCGUUCUUUGCUGGCCCACCGCAGGAGCCCUGGUGUCGGCUGGCCUCGUGCUCAGCGCCAGCGCCCCGUGUUGGGCAGCCCAUGGCUUUGUCCCAGCCUCAGUGCCUCCAUGGAGCUGAGAGUUGGCCAGGCUGGGCCAAGUGCCACUGUUUUCCUUCCACGGGGCAGGAGGACAGACCUGCCUGGCCGAGAGGAGCAGAGGUGAUGGACGUGCUGCCUCCCACUGCUGCAGCAGCUGCAGGAGGGCAGUGUGGGGCCCUGCGCUCCCGGUGCUGCGUUCCAGGCUGAGCAGCUGCCGUCUUUGCGAGGCUGAGAGCCAGGCUGGGGGGGCACUUCCAAAACCCUGCGUGCGCUGGUCAGGUUAAGCAAGGAGAGCGAGUUGGUUGUUAAUCUCUGCACUUGGAGUGAGUGCCUUCCCUCCCCGCUCGAGGCUGUGCACGAGCUUUGUUUGCCUUCACCCAGCACAGGGUCUGCCAUCUCCCCUUAGGACAGGCUCCUGCUGGGCUGGGUUCGCCUUCCUGAUGUUUUCCAGUCUUGCUGUAAUGCUGAGGGCUGACCUUAGCCUCCUGCUUGAGAGGGAGUUUUGUUAAGCUAAGCAAGCUGAUCAACCAGCAGAAAAUUGCAGUGAAGUAAAGGAAGCAUUGUGUGCCUGGUGGCACUGGAUGGCCUCCAGCUCCGAUCUCCACUGCUUAGUUCUCGUCUCGCUGCACGAGGGCAGGUGCCUGCUAGCUGUGCUGUGCAUUGAACCAACAGGUAUCCAUUUCCAGCACUGCCCAGUCCAGUGUGUCGCUCCAUUCUGUGUACUGACAGUUUUGCCUUCCUCUGUACAUGAUGUUUGUGUAUCUGCUGUUUCCCUAAGGUGAAGCUCUCCAAAUAGAGUGUUUAUUACUA